AUGGACGUGGAAACCUUCAAAAAACAACAGACUGAACAAAUUACCGCGUUACUCUCGGGUUUUUCGGAGUUGCAGCUCGGUUUCGACCUGGAAGAUGUUGUUUUGGAUGACUGUAUAAGCGCAGUCAGUGAUGUGGGCAUGACAGCCGAACAGAAACAGCUUUUACUAGAUAAACUGGACUCUCAAAUGGAAGCUCGUAAUAAAAUACUCGAAGAACAAGCAGCACAAAUACUUUUAAAAUUUCGUCUCGAGUGUGAAAAAGACUUGGAAAACUUGCCUCCCGAGAUACGAAGCAUGUCCGUGGACGAGUAUGUCAAUGUUUACCACGCGGAUCCUACUGAAUAUUUCGCGAGGCGUGCUGCCGCACAAGAGGAAAAAAAGGAGGACGCAAUUCUGGGAGAUAUCAUCAAUGAGGACGGUCAAGCGAGAAAUGAUAAUGAGCAACAAGUAGUGGAAAUAAUAGCCUCACAAGAAAAUUUCAUGCAUAUCGAAGAAAAUGACGUUACAGCUAAAGAAGGAAUAGUAGUACCACAAGAAAAUUCCACGCCUAUCGAUGAAAGUGAUAUUACAACUAAAGAAGAAAUAGUAGCCCCACACGAAAAUCCCGUGCAUACCGAUGAAAAUGAUGUUACAACUAAAGAAGCAGCAGCAGCUAAAGAAUUAAAUGAUACAGAAAAUUCAUCAUUGAAAAGAACUCGUGCACUACGAGAGAAGCAGACCGAGACUGAAACCCCAAAAUCUCGCACCAAAAUCCAAGAAUCCGAUCAUGAAGGAGAAAGUCUUGCCAAAAAACGAUCCACUCGUCCAUUGCAAUCUGCCGCUCGUAAGAAGAAACCAAUUGCAAAAAAAACAAAUAAAUCUAAGUCGACGAAACCUUCCGAGAAUGAGAAUGAUCCCAUGCAGGAUGUUGUUGAAGUCCCUGAACUGAGUAAGAGCAAAGUUGACGCAAAGGAUGAAGAACCCGAGAAACCAGUUACGCGUCAAAAAUCAAAGAAAAAUAAGGAAAAGGAAAACGUGGAUAUCUUUUCGCCAAUCCGUACUCGAUCUGCACGACGAAAGAAUGAUGCACAAAUUGGUUCCAACAAUGCUUAA